AUGGAGAUCGAAAAGAAGUACAGAGAACUAUUAAGGCAACAAAAGAUGGAAAAAGAAGAGAUUGAAAGGACCCAAAGAAUGGAAACCUUAAGACAACAGUCUGAAAGAGAGCUUGCUGAAGCCCGGCAAAGGGCAGCACUUAUGGACUUAGAAGCUGAAUUGGAAGAACAGAUGGAGGAACAGGGGGAAGUUGAUAUGAGCCUUGUCACACAAGAUCAAGAGGAUAUUCCAACUGGUGCUGAUCAGUUCACUGGCGAUAUUCCAAGACCGCUCUUAUAUGAGGAUUUCUUAUUUGAAGAUGAACCACAUCCCACUAUGAGAAACAACUCACUGAACCCAGAUCUUUCUGCCAAACCACUUUAUCCAACACCGGUUAUAACAGCUCAAGUGCAAGUUUAUUGA